ACUGACAGCCGUUUGUUUUGGUCCGAGUUUUGUGUGAAACGUCGAAGAUAUUUUUGUCAGGUUUUAACACGAAUAACUGCUUCGGUUUUACGGAAUUUAUCUAGAAUAUAAUGAGUGCAGCAGAUGACUCACCGCUCGAUCCGGACGGUGGUGACCACCGGCCGUGGCGCGGCGUUCCGAUGGACAUCGUCUACCGUGGGUUGGACCGGUUCGAGCUGCGACACUUUCCGGAGGUGCGACCCUCGGACGACCACACCGUGCUGUACAAUUUGCCGUGGGAACCGGACGACACGCAACCUCCGGCCCCGCGGCGCUCGUACCCCAAGUGGGACGCGAACCACGUGCGAUUGCCCUGCUCGCACCGGAGUCAGUACCCGGUGGAGCAGGAGGACGGAAGCAGCACGUUGGAAAGUCGAUGGGAACUGGUCCAGAAUGCGCUGCUGCAACCGAUUCGAGACAGCCGGGAGUUGGAGAGGGCGAUUUUGUCGUACAACACGAAGUACGCGACCAGUUGGAAGUUUAAGUCGUUGCACAAACUGUUCGAGGAGGAGCUGGACGAGCCGGAAAGUGACGGGUUCUUCAAGCACACGCUGCCCAAGUUGAUCCGGCUGGCAUUGGCGCUGCCGGAACUUGUCCCGGGAGCGAUUCCCCUCCUCAAGCAGGGCUCAAACAAGUCCAUUUCCCUUUCCCAGCAGCAGGUGGCCAGUUUGCUGGCGAACGCCUUCCUGUGCACCUUUCCCCGGCGGAACACGCAGAAGAAAAAGUCCGAGUACAGCCUCUUUCCGGACAUCAACUUCAACCGGCUGUUCCAGUCCAGCGGACAGUCGGUGCUGGAGAAGAUAAAGUGCUUGUGCAACUACUUCCGACGCGUUUGUGCCCGCAUGCCAACCGGGGUGGUCACGUUCCAGCGGAGGUACGUCCAUCCGAAGCAGUUUCCCGAGUGGGCCCGGUGUGAGGCGACGGUGGUGCGUGAAGUGGUGCCGAUUCAUAUUAGCUCCGAGGGGACGAUUGAGGACCAGGGCCGAGGGCUGUUACAGGUCGACUUCGCCAACAAGUACCUCGGCGGGGGCGUCCUCGGCCACGGCUGCGUCCAGGAGGAGAUCCGGUUCGUCAUCAAUCCGGAGCUGUUGGUGAGUAAGCUGUUCACGGAGGCGCUAAAACCGCAGGAAGCGCUGCUGAUGCUGGGCACGGAGCAGUAUAGCGAGUACAGCGGGUACGCGUCCAGCUUCCAGUUUGCUGGGAACUUUGAGGACGAAACGCCGCGCGAUGUUAGUGGACGGCGCGUGUGCUACAUUGUGGCGAUUGACGCGUUGCACUUUGUGCAGAGCAGCCACCAGUACCGGGAGGAGUUGAUGCUGCGGGAGUUGAACAAGGCUUGGGUGGGGUUUUGGCACCCGUUGAAGACGCCGGCGCCGGGUGUGGCUACGGGGAAUUGGGGCUGCGGGGCGUUUGGAGGGGACGCGAGGUUGAAGGCGCUGCUGCAGCUGAUGGUUUGCUGCGUGCUGAAUCGACCGUUGGUUUACUACACCUUCGGGGAUCGCGAGCUGAGAGAUCAGGUUUACGGGAUGUACACGUUCCUGGUGGACAACAAGGUUAAAAUCAGUGAAAUCUGGCGCUCCCUCAAGGACUUCCGCAAGCAUGGCCUCCCCCCGAACAAGCUCUACCCUUACUUCUACCAAGAUUACUACGACCGCCGGAGCAAAACAUCCUGCUUCAACCUGAAAAGCCCAAAGCACAUGGAAAAAUCCCCCGAACCGCCCCCGGGAUCCCUCGCCAACGACCCCGACGACGAAAGUCUAGCCUCGCUGAUGCGCGACCUGGUCGACAACGACAACGACCCCGAGGCAGCAGCAGGCCAACCCUCAACGUCACACGCAACACCCUCGCCGAAAAAAUCCGGCCGAAUGUCGCUGAUUGCCGAGCUGGAUCGAAGUUACUACUCGGUCGGUCCGGGCCCCGCUAAAAAGCUCUGCCCGUCCACGUCGCCCUGUUCGGUCAAUGGAAACGAGGUCGACGAGACGGCCGAAAGCAGCGAGGUUCGCAUCCAGAUCGAGACGGAGGAGGAAGAGGCGAAACCGACCGAGGAGGAGGAGGAGCGGACCGUUGAGGGAAGUAGCCAGAUUCAGUACGAGGAGGAGGUUGGGGAGUUUGUGGAAGGGACGCCGCCGGUGGAGGCGAGAAAGCGGAGCUCUACGGGGGACAGUGGCUCGGAAGGUCGGGGAAGCAGGAAGAUAUCGGACUAUUUCUCUAAACUUGGUAAGUAGAGUGAAAGGGGGCUUUUGUUGAUUGUGUAGACGCGAAAUUGAAUAUAAACGGAUCAGUUGAUGUUGAUUUUGAA